AAGUAUAAAGGAGGGGAGAGCUGACACUCUACAAUGAUUCUAAGGAAGCUUCUGAGACGACUCCGAGUCCCUGCGAGGCCAUUGGACAGCGAAACCAUGAGCACCGGUGGUGUGAUCACAUACGACGAUCUGAAGAAGCUGAUCAACUCCGGAUCCGUCCAAUUAUUCGAUGUCCGCAAUCCAGAGGAGUUGCAGAAUGGGAUAAUUCCGAAUUCAGUCAAUAUACCAGUUUCGGAAGUCGAAGCGGCUCUUCAGAUGGACGCAGCGGCAUUUAAACAGAAAUAUAAAGCAGAGAAACCAAAACUGGAAGAUGACAACCUGAUAUUCCACUGCCAGCUGGGCAGGAGAGGACAGCGGGCCGCCGACAUUGCUGCCAGCCAGGGAUUCACAAAGGCCCGGAACUACCUCGGAGCGUACAAGGAAUGGGCUGAGAAGGAGGGAAGAUGAUCCACGACACCCUCCGACAACCGAUUCCCGGGAUGAUGAAAAAAAUACUUUGUAAUAAAUUAUACUUUACACAG